AUGGAGUGGAGGAACCAUAGUGGGAGAGUGAGUGAGUUUGUGUUGCUGGGCUUCCCUGCUCCUGUGCCGCUACAGGUACUAUUGUUUGCCCUUUUGCUCCUGGCCUAUGUGUUGGUGCUGACUGAGAACACACUCGUCAUUAUGGCAGUUAGGAACCAUUCCACCCUCCACAAACUCACGUACUUCUUUCUAGCUAAUAUGUCCUUUCUGGAGAUCUGGUACAUCACUGUCACUAUUCCCGAGAUGCUUGCUGGCUUUGUUAGGUAACAGGAUCAUGGACGGCUAAUCUCCUUUGAGGGAUGCAUGACAUAGCUCUACUUUUUCCUUGGCUUGGGCUGCACUGAGUGUGUCCUUCUCGCUGUUAUGGCCUAUGAUCACUAUGUGGCCAUCUGCCAUCCUCUCCACUACCCAGUCAUUGUCAGUGGCCAGUUGUGUGUGCAGAUGGUCGCUGGAUCUUGGGCUGGAGGUUUUGGCAUCUCCAUGGUCAAAGUUUUUCUUAUUUCACCUUACUGUGGCCCCAACAUCAUCAACCACUUUUUUUGUGAUGUGUCUCCAUUGCUCAACCUCUCAUGCACUGACAUGUCUACAGUAGAGCUUACAGAUUUCAUUCUGGCCAUUUUUAUUCUUCUAGGGCCACUCUCUGUCACUGUGGCCUCCUACAUGGCCAUUACUGGUGCUGUGAUGCACAUUCCUUCAGCUGCUGAACGCUAUAAGGCCUUUUCCACCUGUGUCUCUCAUCUCACUGUUGUGAUAAUCUUCUAUACAGCUGGUAUCUUCCUCUAUGCCCGGCCAAAGGCACUCUCAGCUUUUGACAUCAACAAGCUAGUCUCUGUACUCUAUGCAGUCAUCAUACCACUGCUCAACCCCAUCAUUUACUGUUUGCACAAUCAAGAGGUCAAGAGAGUCCUAUGCUGUACUCUGCACCUGUACCAGUGCCAGGAUCCUCACCCCAAGAAAGCUAUCAGAAAUGUGUAG